CAGACCCUACGAAAAGAGGGACCAAAAUACGUAUUAAACCUAAAAAAGGACUAACGUGCAUCGUUUUUGCGAAAAGUGGGAUCUUAGUGAACUUUUGAAAAAAAGUAGGACCAAUUUGAACAGACCCUACGAAAAGAGGGACCAAAAUACGUAUUAAACCUAUAUUUUAAUUAGAUUAUUUUAUGCAUGUUGGAAUUACGAUAAGAACUGACUUCCUUUCAAUAACGUACUCUUAGCUAAAUUUUCUGAGUCUAGCUGCGUUCAGAAGAAGAGUGUGUGUGUGUUUGUGUGUGUGAGAGAGAGAGAGAGAGUUCCCACCAAAGACAAAGACAUGGGUUCAACUGUUGACGGUGCACCACUUCUGGAAGAGGGUCUUCUUGAGGAUGAAAGGAGUGAAGAGUACACAGGAGAUGGAACAGAGGACUUUAGAGGCAGGCCUGUUCUUAAGAAGAAUACUGGCAAUUGGAGGGCUUGUCCUUUUAUCCUAGGUAACGAGUGUUGUGAACGUUUGGCCUUCUUCGGAAUUUCCUCAAAUCUUGUUACCUAUCUCACUACCAAACUGCAUCAAGGAAACGUUUCUGCUGCGAGAAACGUCAGCAUCUGGCAAGGCACUUCUUAUCUCACACCUCUCAUUGGAGCCGUUCUGGGAGAUGGUUACUGGGGUCGAUACUGGACAAUUGCUGUUUUCUCUUUCAUUUAUCUCAUUGGGUUGUGUACCUUGACACUUUCUGCAUCUUUACCAGCAUUGAAGCCUGCUGAAUGUUUGGGUUCUGCAUGCCCUUCAGCUACUCCUGCACAAUAUGCUGUGUUCUACUUUGGUCUGUACGUGAUAGCGCUUGGGGCUGGUGGUGUUAAAACAUGUGUGCCAUCUUUUGGGGCAGAUCAAUUUGAUGAUACUGAUCCCGAGGAAAGAAUUAAGAAGGGGUCGUUUUUCAAUUGGUAUUAUUUUUCUAUCUAUCUAGGUGCCAUGUUGUCAUGCAGCUUAAUCGUUUGGAUUCAAGACAACGCAGGAUGGGGUCUUGGAUUUGGCAUCCCUGCUUUGUUUAUGGGAUUAUCUAUUGUAAGCUUCUUCAUGGGCACACGUCUUUAUAGGUUUCAGAAACCUAGGGGAAGUCCUGUUACAAGAAUUUCCCAGGUUUUGUAUGCGUCUGUCUGGAAGUGUAAUCUGGUUGUCCCUUGGGACAGUAAUCUCCUUUAUGAGUUACCAGAAGAGAGAUAUGCGAUUAGAGGGAGUCGCAAACUGGAGCAUAGUGAAGAUCUAAGGAUUCAAGUAUCUUCACCUCUUUGGAUAGCACUGUCCAAACCAAAGUUAAGCUUGGAAAUGGAGACAUUGUUUAAGUUGAAGGGAAGGUACAAUUUUUUUUCACACUCGCAAAGGUGUCUUGACAGAGCAGCUAUAGUAUCCGAUUAUGAGAGAAAAAGUGGUGACUACUCUAAUCAAUGGAGACUUUGUACAGUAACACAGGUGGAAGAAUUGAAAACCUUGAUUCAAUUGCUUCCAAUUUGGGCUACUGCGAUAGUUUUUUCUGCUGUUUAUGCUCAGAUGUCAACAUUGUUUGUGGAGCAAGCAAUAAUGAUGGAUACAUAUAUUGGUAACUUCAAAUUACCCCCAGCUUCUCUCUCAACUUUUGAUGUGAUUAGUGUUAUUUUUUGGGUCCCUCUCUAUGACAAGGUAAUUGUUCCAAUCACAAGGAAGUUCACAGGCAAAGAAAGGGGGUUCUCAGAGUUGCAAAGAAUAGGCAUUGGCCUUUGCUUUUCAGUCCUGUGCAUGUUAUCAGCUGCUGUUGUGGAGAUUAGGCGUCUGGACCUUGCAAGAGAGUUUGACCUGGUUGAUGAACCUGUUGCAGUGCCCCUUAGUGUAUUUUGGCAAAUCCCUCAGAACUUCUUCUUAGGGGCAGCUGAAGUAUUAACAUUUGUGGGGCAGCUUGAGUUCUUGUAUGACCAAUCUCCAAGUUCUAUGAAGACUCUUGGUACUGCACUGCCACUUCUGAGUUUUUCAUUGGGAAAUUACUUGAGCUCUUUCAUUCUUACUUCCGUAACUUACUUUACGACACAAGGUGGAAAUCUUGGUUGGAUUCCUGAUAACUUGAACAAAGGUCAUCUUGAUUACUUUUUCUUUCUUUUAGCUGGACUUAGCUUCUUAAAUGUAUUGGCGUACAUUGUUGUUGCCAAAAGGUACAAGCAGAAGAAGGCUUAUUAAGAUUUUUCCAGCAUCUAUUGGGGCGGAAGCAUGUUCUGAUGUACAGUACCCUUCUGUCAUUGUCAUGAUUUUUCUGUAAGUAUAUAUGCUACCAA